AUGGACAUUACUUUGAGAUCGAAGGUGAAGGAAAAGGAAAGCCUUACGAGUAAGUGUCUCUUAAAAGACAGACCACGAUGAAUUAUUUCAUUAUUAUCUAAAACAAUUUGGUUUUAAGCACAGAGUUGAUUAGGACCACAUUGCAGUUGUUAGGUAAAGGCCUGAUAUUAAAGUAUCAAUGAUUUUGGGAAAUUUUAAAAACUGAAUAAAGACUUUUUUGAAAAGCAAAGUGAACAAGAUCAAAGAUUCAUAAGAUUUUCAGUCAUAAACUAUGAUCUUCUUUUUAUUCGAGUUUGAAAAUUAGUUACAUUCUAUGACAGCGACUUUUUCAUCUACUUCCAUAAUCAGGCGAGGUGUAAAUGCUACUGCAGAGCUCAGUCACAGCUAAAUGUAAUUGCUAUACAAAUUACCAACAGUCUAUGACAUCGAGUUCUUCAUCUGCUUCCAGAAUCAAGCGAAAUGUAAAGCUACUUCAAAUCAUCGCAGAGAAGCUCAGUCACAGCUAAAUUUAUUUGCGGUACUGUAAUUUCUUACAACUUAACAUGAAAGUUCAUCCGUAUUUGACUUAAGUUUGAAUUAUCAUGAGCAUAAAAUAUUUGGUUCUCCCUAAUUUUUGUGUAUUUCAGGUCAUUAAUGAGCCGUUUCUGAAAAUAAUUUCCAACACACUUAUCAUCUUAUUCUAGAGGAGUACAGAAAUCCACUUUUUAGGUUACCAAGGGAGGACCCCUUCCAUUUUCCUUUGACAUACUGUCGUGAGUGUUCAAAUAUGGAAACAGAUGCUUCACUAAGUAUCCUGCCGAAUUGGAACAACAAGAAUUGCCGGCCACUGCUAAAAAUCUCAUCAUUACCACUCCUAGAACUUCGUGUAUUUACUUUUUACUUAAAAUCCACAAACCUAACAACCCAGGUCGACCCAUCGUUUCUGCCUGCAGUUGCCCCACCGAACUUAUUUCCAGCUAUUAAGACAAAUUUAUGGCACCUAUCGUCAAAACUUUACCGUUUUACAUUAAGGACAGCCAACACGCACUUGAAAUUUUUCGUGACUUUAGUUUCCUCGACCAAAACAAACUUAUUUUCACCAUGGAUAUAACAUCUCUUUACACUGUCAUUCCCAAUGACGAAGGUCUCAGGGCCCUGAAACAUUUUUUUCGAUCAACGCACUGUUAAGGAACCUAGCUCUGAAACACUACUCCGUUUGGCCGAACUAGUACUCACACUCAGUUGCUUUUCAUUCGGUGGUAACCACUACAAACAAACUAAUGGCGUGGCCAUGGGUACUAAAAUGGGACCCAGCUACGCCAAUCUUUUUGUAGGUUUUAUCUAACAUCAAUUUUUUAGCCAAUAGCACGGCCCAAAACCUGAACUCUACGGCCGCUACAUUGACGAUUGCAUCGGCGCUACCUUCUCUACCAAAGAGGAGCUCACUCAAUUUAUAACCGCCAUCAAUUCCUUUCAUCCGGCUCUUAAAUAUACCUGGGAAAUUUCCGACACUUCUUUGGCUUUUCUAGACUUCAAAAUUUCAAUUGAAUGCAACGGCUUAUGUACUAGUGUUUACUACAAACCUACAGAUUCACAUAGUUACUUGUUGUAUUCAUCUUCACAUCCAUCACACGUCAAGAACUCCAUACCUUUCUCACAGUUUCUCAGACUUCGUCGUUUAUGUAGUGACGACUCUGAUUUUUCCGAAAAAUCAGAGGCAAUGUGCCAGUUUUUCGAUAAACGUGGCUAUCCUGUUUCUGUCGUUCAAGCGGGCUACCACCGUGCCCAACAAAUCGAUCGACAGGCCGAGAAGGAAAACACUGACCGCAUUCCAUUUACUCUUACAUUACACCCUCACAACCACGCAGUUAAAUCUAUCAUUCUUAAAAAUUUUAAAUUACUCCAAAACGAUUCAGAGACUGGCACUAUCUUUUCGCAACCCCCACUUAUUUCAUUCAAACGUGACAAAAACAUAGGCAACGUUUUAGUCAGGAGUUCAUUUCAAACCAAUGACCAAUCUGGAACUUUUAAAUGCGCUCGCUCACGAUGCAAAACUUGUCCUUUCAUUCAUAACGUAGAGAAAAUAUCGGGACCCAAAAGAUCCAUUAAGAUCAUUGAUCACUUUACGUGUACCUCCGCCAAUGUUAUUUACUGCAGAACUUGCACUUAUUGCAAUCAGUUAUACAUCGGCGAAACAGGAAGACGACUGGGUGACCGAUUCCGAGAACACCUUCGCGAUGUGGAAAGAAAUGACAAGGACGCAUCCAAACCAAAAAUUUAUUUUCCAAAUCGGCACCCUUAAUCCCCACGGAAUCAACGAGCGCUUUUCAUUCAACUAAUUUAUUCCUGUUUUCUCGUCACCAUAUUCCCACCAAUGGCGUAGCUCCACUUUCUGCAUAUAAACCCACACACAACCCACAAUUCCUCUAAUCGCUCUGACGAAGGGCUAACGCUCGAAACGUCAGCCUUUUUACCCUUUACGGUGGCUAAUUUACGUUUUCAACCCAGUUGUUAACACUAAAUUACCUGCUAUUUCAAACAAGCAUUUCCUGCUGGAAUGUCAUUUGAAAGGACAUUUACAUUUGAAGAUGGAGGAGUUGCUACAGCCAGUGGACACAUUAGAUAUAAAAGUGAUGAUUAGAAUGGGAUUGAUAUAAAACUCUUUAAAAUAAAUCUUCAAGGUCAUUUUUUACACGGAGAAGGAAGUGCCCUUUAUGAAAGUGUAACUUAGUUGUGAUUUUCCUGAGAGCGCUUCCUGUUUAGCUACAGGGGGAACAAACGUGCAAAAAAGCCUAGUGACCAGAGAAUAUGCAGACUGCUAAAUUUUGAAAUAGGCAUCUGUGAGAAAAUGGAUUUAGUUCGAAAAACAUCGUUGCGGAAAUGACAAAAUCUAAAAAAAAAUAAAAGGCACUAACGCAUUAUUUUACAGAGCACAUUGCACGCUAGGUUUCAAGGGUGAUUUUACAUAUUUUUAUUGAUAUCUCAAAUUUCUUAAUUCUACAGUCUUGAGGGCAAUUUGUUUAAGCACAUAUCCGUGUUUCAUAGCGUUUACUUUCCCACAAAUGGACCCAUAAUGGGAAAGAGGACAAUUGGCUGGGACCCGUCCUUUCAGAAAAUGACCGUCUCCAACAACAUAUUGAGAGGUGAUGUGACUAUAUUCCUACUACUCAAAGGAGGCGGCUAUCACAGGUGCCAGUUUCACACUUCUUACAGGUAAGUAUUUUGUUUCUGUAACAGCUCCAAUGGUUGAAUAUCAUUCCUUUUGAGGAUUUGGAUCUCAUCUUCGGUGUUUUAUGGGAUAAAAGCAACCGAAGAGAACACUGAGAUGUAAAGGGCCUUGAGAGAACGGCUUAAUACUAAUUUCCCUUGUCAAUAAAAUGUUUGGGAUUGAAUAAGAUUCUCCACAAGAUACUAAAGGUUAUCUAUCAUAAUAUCCUUUACAGCUUAGAAAAUAUGUUUCCUUCCCUGCAUUUCUUAGUAAAAGAUGUUCAGGGCGAUGAAAAAAUAAUCAUUAUUAAUACAAGUAAUUGUGGAACUUCAUUGUACCAAAAACAAAGUUCAAAAGCAUUGAUUUUCAUAAAACAAGUAAAAACCCAACGCCAAUAGGGAACGUAAAACACGUAUAUUGCAUUUUUAUAAGUAUUUUUCUCCUUUUGCACAGAACAGAGGAGCCGGUCACGCCGCCUGAGAACCACGUCGUAGAACAUCGCAUUAUGAGAACCGACCUUGAUGACAAAGACGGCAAGAAGGUCCAGCUGGAAGAAAUUGCUGUGGCUCGUGUUAACCCUUUGUAA